AUGCCGGCGGCGAGGGAAGCAUCUGAACUGCGGGCGCGUGCCCGUCCACCUCGCCGCCCUCGUCCUGCGUGUGCGCCUGCGGCCGUCAAGGUUCACCUUCGUAACCCCCCCCCGCCCCUCAACGUUGAUCGUCAUGUUGGCCACCGGAUUGGCAUGGAUUCCCGAACCACCGACUGCCCGUCGAGGGAGGGACAGCCCGUCGAUGCGAGCCGAGUGCUGACCCUUGCCCGCGGGCGCGAUUCGGCAUCCGGUGCUGCUGGUUGGUCCACCAUCGUUCCGUAG